AUGUUAUUUGCACUUUUUUUUCUUUUUUUAACUUCUCUUUCUUCUUUUCUUACAUUUUUUUUUACCUCUUUGUCUUUUCUUUGCUUUCCUUUUUAUUUUCUACUUUUCCCUUUUACUCUUUUUCUUGCUUCUCUUUUCUACAGAUGUUUUGAAUUUUUCUUCUCUUUCUUCUACUUUUCCUUUUCUUCUUUGUUUUUUUUUUUAUUUCUUACUUGCUCCAAUAAUUUUAUUUCUGAUUUGUUUUUUUUCCUCUUUCUUCCAUUUCUCUUCUCUCUUUUUUUUCUUUUGAUUCUAUGUUUUUAUUUUGAUCUUCACUUCUUUCUUCAUCUUCUCCCAACUGUAGUUACCUCAUUUUUCUUUAAUUUUGCUUUUCACUUCCUUUAUUUUCAUCUCCCAUACAUUUUCUUUUUUCUACAGUUUGUUUUUUCAUCAUUCUCUCUUUUAAACUUUCUUUCAUUUUUCAUCUCUUUUCAUCAUUCAGUUUCUCUUUAUUCUUAUUAUAUUAAUGUUCUUCUUUUCCUUUCUCAACUUCACUAUCUUCUUCCUUUGUUCAUUCUUACCUUUUCGCUUUUUUCUUAUAGUUUUCUUCUUCCUUUCUUUUCCUUCUCUCUCUCUUUCUUUCUUUCUUUCUUCCCGUUUAACCUUUUAUCUCAUCUCUGUUUUCUUUUCCCUCUUUUCUUUUUUUCUUUCUUCCUUUUUAUCUAUUGUCAUAUUCUUCUUUACCUGAAAUCAUUUUCACCUCUCACUUUCUUCUUCUUUCUUUACCUUCCUUGA